AAAUUAAGUCGUUAAUCUUCAAGUGAUUAGAAAAAAAGAAGAGACAGGGAGUGCCCUAACUGCAGCGCAGGCCGUCGUUUUGGUUGCCGCUGGAAAAGUAGAAACCAGCAGAAGCAGAGGAUAUCUAUCGACCAUGGACGUAACCACUGUAGUCGACUCCCUCCGGCAUAGAGUUCAGGAAUUAGAGGCAUUAAAUGCCAAGUUGUCAUCUCAACUCGCAGUUUGUCGCUGCCAUCAGCAACAGGACAAGACUGAAGACUCUUCUGUAAGUUCUGAUAAUUUAGUUGAGAAAAGCGGGAAAUCGAGCUUUCAAAGUAAGAACACCACCAAGGAGAAAGUUAAAGGGAAAUUGCCAGGUUACGACACAAGGAUCAUGAAUCACCACAGCAAGAGAUAUGUUGCUUUGAAAGUCAUGUAUUUUGGCCAAAGGUUCUAUGGUUUUGCUGCUGAGGCACAGAUGGAUCCAACUAUUGAGUCUGAAAUUUUCAAAGCUCUUGAGAAGACAAGACUUUUGAUCGGUGAUAAGAAGGAAUCACAUUACUCAAGAUGUGGUAGGACAGACAAGGGAGUUUCUGCUGUUGGGCAAGUGAUUGCUCUCUAUUUAAGAUCAAACCUCAAGGAAGCAUGUGAAAUCAGUGAAGAUCCUAGCAACCAAGAACAAUAUGAUGCUUGUUUGUUUCCCUCAGAAGGUGAAAUCGAUUAUGUGAGGGUGCUGAAUCGAGUCCUUCCGGAUGAUAUUCGAGUUUUUGGUUGGUGUCCUGUACCAUUGGGUUUCAGUGCGAGGUUUAGCUGUCUAAGCAGGGAGUAUUAUUAUUUAUUUUGGGGAGAAAAUCUGAAUUUCUUGGCUAUGGAGACUGCUGGUAGGAAAUUUGUUGGUGAACAUGACUUCAGAAACUUCUGUAAGAUGGAUGCUCUUAAUGUGCACAACUACAGGCGGAAAAUCACUUCAUUUGCAAUAUCGCCUUGUGAUGUGAGGUUUGAGGGGAACCAGCUUUGGGCAUUUAAAAUCAAAGGUAGUGCUUUCCUUUGGCAUCAGGUCCGAUGCAUGGUUGCUGUACUACUCUUGAUUGGCCAAGGUCAUGAAUCUCCUGAUGUGAUAGAUGCAUUACUGGAUACUGACAGAAUUCCGAGAAAACCUCAAUAUGGCAUGGCACCAGAGAUUCCGUUGGUUCUUCAAUCCUGUGAAUUUGAGGGUCUCAAGUUCGCUUGCUCUUCAGAUGCCAGACAAGCUUUGCGCAUACACUUGGGUCAUGAAUGUCGAAACUAUCAUCUCCAAGCUGCAAUUUUUAAUGAGGCUCUAAGAUGCUGUUUUCCAGUAGAAAAAGGUGCUGAAGAUCAGCGCUCCUUGGAUAAUGGAACAAUGAAGAAGAAAUCUUCCCAUGUUCCACUCAUGUCGCGCCCAACUGAGCCAUCGUAUGAAGAGAGACGUGCAAAAUUAAACACAAGAGCUUGCAGACUGAAGAGUUUAUGACAUUAUCAUGGUGAUUAAGAGAAAAGGUGGGAGGUCUGAAUGAGCACUGAGUGGAUCUGCUAGAAGUCUAGAACUUAUAAUUAUAAGUAGCUCACAGCUGGAAGUUUGUGGAAUUAUUCUCUCGUCCAAACAGCUGCCAACAGACAAAGGUUGGAAUAGCAUGGUGUAGUCGUAGGACUCACAAAGCUCAAUCAUUUUACCAACUUGUUGGGAAUGCUUUUGGGGGGUCAUUCAAAAAGCAGUGCCCCUUUUGUUGAGCCUGGGUGACUUGAUGCUGAUGCUUGUCUAUUAGUCUAACAACGCCAGUUUUUU